AUGACGUCCAAGCCUGAAAUAUGGGGGCUCUUAGUCGGUGUAAACCACUAUCUGCCUGGAAAUAAGCGCAGGGUGAAAUACGGCGACCUCAGUGGGUGUGUCAAAGACGUUAUGGCCCUCCAGAGUUAUCUAGAAAAACGAAAUGUACGACACAUUACAACCCUAACCUCGACGAAAGGCUGCAACGGCCGCCCCGAGGAAGACGAAUCACAACUACCAACACACCCAAAUAUCAUCCGUGAGCUGGAGCGGGUUAUUGAAGACUCUCGUCCAGGCGACCUUGUGUAUUUCCAUUACUCUGGGCACGGGAUUAGGCGAGAUGCUGAUGAGAUUGGGGCUGUGGAAGGGGACCAUAUCUCAGGGACCGCCUUGGCUCUUGCCGAUGUUAUGGAAGGAGGUGCAUACCUUACGGGGUAUCAGCUUGGGGUAUACAUCAAACGAAUGGUUUUCGAGAAGCAGCUCCGUGUAACGGUUGUUCUUGAUAGCUGUUUUUCUGGCCGAGGGUUUAGGAGUGCGGAGUCUGAAGAGGAGGGGUACACAUCCAGACGUGGGGAUGAUUGCAUUGACCUGGAAUUUUUACAAAGCGAUCAGGAGGCGGAGGGUGCCGCUAGACUUCUCGAUACGGAUGAAGAGUACACUGAUGGAACGAGAAACGGGAUGACGAUUCGAUCUUGGUUAUCAGAUCCCACAGGGUGCACCGUUCUUACUGCUUGCGAAAGUAACGAAACUGCAGGCGAGUACACCUUCGAGGGCGAAAAGCACGGGAUUCUAACAUACUGGAUGUUGAAACUCUUGUCGGAGAACCCUGAAACUUGCCGUCCUAGCUAUAACAAAGUCAGGGACUACAUUGCGAACAACAUUGACCGCGUACAUUCGGCAAAGAAGCAGUCCCCAGUGCUUUUGGGGGAUACUGAUCAUGUAUUUCUCGGACAAGAACAAGUUGUUGAAAAGCCUGUGGGACAUGUUAGGGAAAGGAGGCCCAAUACCGAUACAGUUGAGCUGGAUAUUGGUUGGGCUCACGGAGUGGCAAAGGGAGCCAUCUACGAUGUCUUCCUUGAGAGGGACAAUGUUACGACAGGUUCAAUCUCUAAAGUGAAGGCACAAGUUACAGAAGUUCCUGACAACAGCCCCUUUCGGUCCAGGGCUAUCCUUCUAUACGACCCGGAGGACUCAAGUACAGCCGCACAGGUAAAGCCAGGGAGUGUCGUGAUAUUACAAACCUGGUCCCUUCAUUUAGAUGCUUUUGUCGAUAUCUCUUCGCUGCACCAACACCUAUCUGAAGAUCAGAUUGAAGGCUUGGGGUCCCAUAUCAAGCAAACCCCUGGACUUUUCUUAGGGUCCGAUGUAGAGAAACCCGAGGAUCAAGAAUGUGACUUCCAAGUUGCACUCAAUAAAGACAAUUGCUUCGAGGUACUCCUAUUCGAGAACGGAAAAUAUACAACAAUACCGAGGGUUACUCCAGUUCCCUUUAGCGACAGUGACUGGGACUUCAAAAUCGCCUAUAUUCUCAGACACCUAGCAAGAUUUCGAGACGUCCGGUCUAUCGACAGCAAGAGAAUAGACACCCCAUUAAACCCAGAAUGGUUUUCGUUUUCCGUCGAGCCUGAUGACGAGGGCUACGGAGACGACUUUGAAAAGGACCCGAAAGACCCAACCGCAUUGAGAGCGUCUGAAGAUACAAACCUUCGGUUUUCAUUCAAAAUGAAUAAUGACUGCAAAUACCAGUCCGUUUUUGUCAGCUUUUACGACUUUGAUGCGUCUUGGGGAAUCUCUAAGCUGGAACCAGGGCCUGGCCAGGUCCACGAGGUGACAAAGCAAACUCCGGUGCACUUUACAAUUCAAAUGAUGAUUCCGGAGAAAUGCACACAACAGGAUCCCGAAGAAAUAGUCGAUACCGUAAGGGUUUUCAUUAGCACGACCAGGACAAAUUGGGAGGAUAUUACCCUUCCGGAACUUCCAAGUCAUGCCUGCACCGUCCCCCCAGUUAUCGUUACUGUUCCUUCGGAUGAGCUGGAUGCUGAAACUACGGAACGAGGGCCGGAAGUCUCCCAAUCUCUUUUCGACCUGUCCUCAGCUGAAGACGACGAUAAAUUCGAUUCCAGAAAUCCUAAACGCAAACCAGUAGUGAAGCGGACGCCACAUGCACAGUCACAGCCGAGAAACGUUUGGGGCUUCAUGGACUUGAAGGUCACUACAUUCCCUAAAAGCUGA